UCUUGCACUCAUCAUCAUUAUGGCUCACUCAAAUCAUGUUCAGCUUCUUGUCGCUGGUUAUCUUGCAACAACAUCUUGAGUGCUAUGGUUGUCUUCAUGAAGAGAGGAUUGCUCUUCUCGAUAUCAAAUCAUCAUUCUCUGGUGAUCAGGAAAGUAUUUAUCCAUACUCUAUAUUCAUGUCAUGGAACAACAGCAGUGACUGUUGUAGUUGGCAUAGGGUGCGGUGUUCAUCAACCACAAAGCAUGUCACAAGUUUGGACAUGUACGAUGCCCAUCAACCCUGGAACUCCAAUUACACUGUCAACAUCUCCUUAUUCUUGCCAUUCAAGGAAAUGAGAGCCCUAAUUCUAUCAGAAAACAACAUCAAUGGUUGCAUCCCAAUUACUGAUUGUUUUGGGAGUUUGGCAGGACUAAAAAAACUGGAGUACUUGGACCUCUCCGCCAAUUACUUCAAUGGCAAAGAUCUGUCAUCUUUGGGUGCAUUAGACUCUCUUAAGGGUCUCUCCCUAGGGGACAUUAACAUGGGAAGUGAACUGUUUAUCAACGCUUUGUCAAAAUUGAACAAACUCAAAUACUUGGAUUUGUCAUUCAAUGAUUUGAAGGAAAGCAUUGUUCCAUAUUUGAUUAGACUAUCUUCUCUGAAAACUCUUAUCCUUUAUUGGAAUAAGUUUCAAGGAGAACUUCCCUUGAAUGAGUUGAGUAGCUUAAGGAGACUUGAGAUCUUGGAUUUGAGUCGAAAUAUGUUUACUGGAGACAUCCCACCAAUGAUAAAAGAAUGGGACUCACUCACAGAAAUUUCAUUAUCAUAUAAUGAACUUAACAGCUCUUCCUUCACAGGACUGUGUGCAAUGAAGAAACUUCAAAUACUUGAUCUUAGUUAUAACAAGUUCAAAGGAGACCUUCCCCUUUGCUUUAGGAAUCUCUCAUACCUAAAUUUCUUUGAUAUUUCCAACAAUCAAUUUGAAGCCAAUUUCCUCUCAACUUUCAUGGGAAACCUUACAACAUUGGAGUAUCUUUCUGCUUCAAACAAUGAUUUUCAGGGCACUUUCUCCAUAGGAUCACUUGUUCAUCAUACUAAAAUGAAAAUGUUGGAUCUUUCAAACAAUUAUCAUUUAGAGAUCCACGUUGAAACUCCAAGUUUUGUGCCAUUAUUUGAGUUGGAGGGUCUGCUUUUGUCAAACUGCAUCAUCAACCAAGAUAAUAUGUUGAAAAGUAAUAUUAUGAUGUCAUUAUUCGAGAAUAAGACCAAUUUACAUUACCUUAGCCUACAAAACAAUUCCUUAAGUGGAGCCUUUAUCCUCCCAUCUAAUCUCACAAUGAGUUUGUCAUACAUUGAUUUCUCCCAAAAUCAACUCACUGGAGAACUACCUAUUAACAUCGGCCUUGUUCUUCCCAACUUAGAAUAUCUGAAUUUGUCACACAACAUGUUCCAAGGUGUCAUCCCUAUCUCAUAUCAUGUGAGACAACUAGAAUAUUUGGACUUGUCAAAUAACAAUUUCUCAGGACAAAUACAUGUUUCUUUUAGAGAUAUGCAAUAUCUUGAGAUAUUAAACCUCUCUAUGAACAAAUUUAUAGGAAACCUACUUCUAAAUAAGUCAAACCCUAAUGACCUAGAAGUUUUUCUUAUAUUUGGGAAUCAGCUCACUGGGGAAAUUUCUAAGAGCCUUUGCAAAAGCUCUCGUCUUUUUGGUUGGAUAUUAGUGAGAACCAAUUUUCUGUUUGUUGGAUCCAUCCCAAAUUCUUUGUCAAGCAGUCCAUUGAGAUCAUUAAACAUAGGGAAUAACCAUUUCUCUGGGAAUUUCCCAAGUUGGAUUGGAAAAUCAUUAAAAAAUCUUAUGAUUCUUUCCUUGAGAGGAAACAAUUUUGUGGGCUUGAUAUCAAACCAAAUUUGCAACUUAAGAAACAUCCACAUUCUAGACUUAUCGUGCAACAACUUAUCUGGAAAUAUACCUUCAUGUCUUCAAAAUAUGGGUCAUGAUAAUGAUUGGCAAUAUGACUCCAUGUCUAUGGGAUCGACCUCAUUUGCGUUUGAAAACAUGUUUAACAUGCAUAGAGGCUUUCUCCCUAUUCAAGAUUUCUCUUUGAUGUUUGAAUUACUCAAAUUUAAAGGCAUUAUUGAUUUUGCAAACAAAAGAGAAGUUUAUGAUUACAAAGGGAACAUCAUGAACCAUUUUUUUGGGUUAGAUUUGUCUUCUAACCAAUUAGUGGGAGAGAUUCCUUUGGAGAUUGGCAACAUCAUUAAGCUUCAUGUUUUGAAUUUGUCUAAUAAUCUACUGGUUGGAUCCAUUCCUGAAACAUUAUCAAGAUUGACGGAGAUUGAAAGCUUAGAUCUCUCCCACAACAAGCUGACAGGCAGCAUACCUACAGAACUAAAGGAGCUACAUUUCUUAGAGGUUUUCUUUGUGGCAUACAAUAACCUCUCUGGUCCAACACUAGGAAGAAUUUCACAAUUCAGCACAUUCGAUGAAAACAGCUAUGAAGGAAACCCCCUACUUUGUGGACCCUCUUUGGUGAAGAAUUGCUUUGCUAUAACAGAAAUACUGCCAUCACCAUCACCACCACAGAGUGAGGGUGAAAAUGAAGAAGCGAUGGAACAUAUCAUAUUCUUUGCUUCAUUCGCCCUUGCUUACAUCAUCAGCUUCUGGGGAUGGAUGGUUCUUCUCUACUUCAACAAGCGCUUGCAGAAUUCU